CCACGCCAGGCUGCGCGGGGGCGGGGGUGCUGCCGUCCCAGUGGCAGGGAGCAUGGCUGCAGCCCAGGAGAUGGCAGAGGGGGUCGUGUACGCCGACAUCUCCUUCCCCCCACCUGCCCCGACAGCAGCCCCGCAGCAGCUUCCCUCGUCAUCCUGGCGGCAGGUGGCUCUCGGCCUGGCUCUCCUGUGCAUCCUGCUCCUGGCAGCGCUGCUCGGCCUGGGCCUGCACCUGCACCAGCACCGGCGAGUGGGGAGCUGUGCCCCGAAGCUGAGGAGCAUGGAGGAGAGCCUCGAACACAGGCUGCAGCAGCAGGAGAGAUUCCUGGCAGGGCGGUGCCGGUUCUGCCCAGCCGGCUGGCUCGAGGAUGCUGGGAAGCGCUAUUACUUUUCUUCGGCCAAGAGGGACUGGGCCAAGAGCAAAGAGGAUUGUUGCUCCCGCGGCGCCCAGCUCGUCACCAUCAGAGCCAAUGCCACGCUGGCCUUCCUGCAGCGCGUGUCCAAGAGCAACAUGUUCCACAUUGGGCUGAAGAAGGAACGUGCCAGACUUGACUGGAAGUGGGUGGACGGCUCCGUACUGAACAGGCUCUUCCUUGUGACGCGCUCCACCACCUCCUACCUGGCCUGUGGGAGGGUGUCGGGCCGAGGGCUGUCGGACGGGUUGUGCACAGACGCCUGCCGCUGGAUCUGUGAGCAGAGUGCCCUCACCUUGCAGUGGGGCCUCGGCUCUGCCCCUCCCACUUUCCUGUGGGGGAACACGACCUACACCUGCAUCGAUCCCCAGUGAGAGCGGCCAAGGGCCCAACCCCGGGACCCUGCCCCUGGUGACCUGCUCCCCUCUACUCCCAGUCCUCCUCCCCUCAGGACCCUGGUGACCCAUACACCCCCACCCCCAGGAGCCUGCUGCACUGUCUCCCCUGCCCAGACUGGCCCCCACCAGGAAGCCUGCUGCCCAGGCCCAGACCCCCCCCAAACGGAGGCCCCACACUCCUGCCUCCCCCGGUCCCAGCUGCCCAGGACAUGCCCUGCAGCGUGUGCUCUGCCGCACUAGACCAUGACAGCACUGGCUGUGUCUGAUCCCGGGCUGGAGCGCAGGGCAAGGCUGAGCACGGCGCGGCAUCGACACACGAACAGCAGCAGCUCCUGGCACAUCCCAGCCUCAGCCCAGGUUCCUGCUGGCCCAGACUGCGGCUGUCGCCUGCCCCGGGGUUGGGGCUCCCAUGAGCCCGUCAGGCCCAUGCUCCACUCCGUCCAGCAGCCCCAGGUACUGCCCAGGCCCUAACCGUCAGAGCAAUUACCAGGUCAAUCCCCCGCUCCGUCAGAGCCAGAACGUCACUCUCUGGCCCCCUGACAGCUGCACUCCUCUGGGACAAUGCAGACCGCAGGGUCCAGGUGUGACGCAGUGGGGAGUGGGGCGGAUUGACCAGGGAACGUGUCUAGUUUAGCUGGGACUGUCUGCAUGGGGAAUGGGAGAGCAAGGGGUGACUUUAGGUGAAGGAUGGUACCUGAGCCUCUAACCUGAGCCAGGAGGGGGGUAGGAGCCAGGUGACACCUUUGCCUGGGA